GACCCCGCGGGGGCACCGGGGGGGGGUCCGGAGGGGGGGGGUGAGGGUGUGUGGGGUGUCAGGCCCAGACUACAGCUCCCGGCGUGCAUCGGGGCCCGCCCGGACGGGACGGGACGGGACGGGACAGGACUGGACGGGACGGGGCGGGGCGGGUCUGGGAGGUGCCGGCGCCGCAGCGCUCUGGAAUUGGGCGUAGAGGCCGCGGGGACGCGGGCGCGCCACCAGCACCGGCACCGGCACCGGCACCGGCACCCGACCCCGCCAGCCCACCCAUUGCCCCAGCCCAGGUGGCAGGAUGGCGAGCGAGCGGCUGCGCAGCGCCCAGGACCUGCUGGAUCUCACCUUCCAGUCCCUGGCCAUGCAACACAUGGACCUGAAGCAGGUGGAGCUGGACACGGCGGUGGCCAAGGUGGACGAGCUCUCCCGGCAGCUCGAGUCCCUCUGGACUGACGGCCCCGGGCCCCCCAAGGUGCCCCCCUCCCCCUGCCAGGAGCCGUACAGCCCCAGCCGGACCCGCUCACCCCUUGGCCGGAGGAGCCUGGCACCGGAGAGCCCCGAGCUAUUGGGAGACCCGCUGGGGCGCCCUGGCUCCCCCCGGACCCCCCAUUACCUGCCGGGGGAGGAUCGGGCCCCCUCACCCCGUCCCAAGGUGCUGGCGGUGCCCUAUGAGGGGCUGGCGUUGCCCAGCCCGGGGGGCCGAGCCCCCUCCCCACGUCCCCAUCGCCCCUAUGAGUUCCUGGGGCUCGGGGGGUCCCCCCGGCCGGGUGAGGGACCCGUGUUCUUCCCCGAGCGGGCGCCCUCGCCCCGGCCCCCUGCGCCUCCACCCUACGAGGUGCACGGGCUCUACCCCUCCAUCAGUAGCCCCACCGUCACCUUCCGGGCACAGGAUGACCUUAUGAUCAAGCGGCGGCCACAGAAAAGCUGGAACGAGUCCGACCUGGACGUGGCCUACGAGAAGAAACCCCCCAGCUCGGGGGGCUACGACCGCACCGGCGAGGGGCAGCCGGGGCCGCGGCCGUCCCUGGGGCUGGCGCUGGCACCUUGGAGGGAGUCGAGCCUGGACGGAGCCGGAGGGCAGGGCAAGGAUGGUGCCUAUGGGGGGCACAGCGCCACGUUGCCCCGGAACUACAAGGUGUCCCCGCUGGCGGGCGAUCGGCGGGCGGAGGGACCCUUCCGACGUUCGGGCCCUGGCACCCUGCCCCGCGGCUGGCACUUCUCCCAGCAACCCAUCUCCCGCAUCCCCGUACCCCCCCAGGGCGGGCAACCCCCCCGCCACAAGCCCCUGCCCCUCUCCAUGAUCUUCAAGCUGCAAAAUGCUUUUUGGGAGCAGGGGGUCGGUGGUCCCUGGGGGCUUCCCCGGGUCCCCUCUGCCGGCCCCCGCGUGCCCCAAAAGCAGCCCCAGCUCCCGGCGCUGCCCCAGGCCCCCCCGCCGCUGCCUGGGGGUGAAGGAUCCGGCCGCCUUGCACCCUCCGAGACCGUCCCGCCGGAGGGAGAGCCGGAGUUGGAGCGGCUGCUGCAGGGGGGGGAGGCGGAGGGGCUGGAGCGGCCGCUCAGCCCCACUCGGCUCCAGCCACUGCUGCCCCCCGAGGCCCAGCAGGUCCCCGAGUUCGAGGAGGUGGCGCGGGUGCUGGCCGAGAUGCCGCGACCCCUCAAACGCCGCGGCUCCAUGGAGCAGAGCCCGGGGCCGGCGCUGCCACCCACUCGCACCCGCCAGUACCAGCAGCUCAUCACCCGCCUCCUGCACCGUCCGCCCCGCCGCGACGAGCCCCCCGCCCCCAGUGACACCGGCGCCUCGUCCGACCUGCCACCCCCCACUCCGGUGGCCCCUGAGGCCCGGCCACCCCGCCACAGCCCCCCGCCGCAGUCCCCCAGCAGCCCUGCGCUCGCCCCGGAGCGGCGCUCGGCCCUGCGCGACCCCUCCUCGCCCCGCAGGCGCCCCGGGGCCCGCGUGCGCCUCAACCCCCUGGUGCUGCUGCUGGAUGCGGCCCUGACCGGGGAGCUGGACGUGGUGCAGCAGGCGGUGGCUGAGCUGAACGACCCCAGCCAACCCAACGACGAGGGCAUCACGGCGCUGCACAACGCCAUCUGCGGCGCCAACUACAGCAUCGUCGACUUCCUCAUCGCCAGCGGGGCCAACGUCAACUCCCCCGACAGCCACGGCUGGACGCCGCUGCACUGCGCCGCCUCGUGCAACGACACGGGGGUGUGCGUGGCCCUGGUGCGCCACGGCGCUGCCAUCUUCGCCACCACCACCAGCGACGGCAGCCUGGCCGUGGAGAAGUGUGACCCGUACCGCGAGGGUUACGCCGACUGUUACAACUACCUUACUGAGGUGGAGCAGAGCAUGGGGGUGCUGAACAGCGGGGUGGUGUACGCGCUCUGGGACUACAGCGCCGAGUUCGGGGACGAACUGUCCUUCCGCGAGGGCGAGCCCGUCACCGUCCUGCGCCGCCAGCCCCAGGAGGAGCUCGACUGGUGGUGGGGGUCCCUCUACGGCCACGAGGGCUACGUCCCCCGCAACUACUUCGGGCUCUUCCCCAGGGUGCGGCCGCAGCGGAAGAAGGUUUGAGGCGGGGGGGGGAACCUGAGGACAUGGGGUGGCCCUGACCCACCCCAGCUGCUCGGAUGCGUGGGUCCCCCUUGCCGGUGGGCACCUCCUCGGCUGCCCCCCGGUCCCGUCCUCCCCUGUCUGAGCAAGGCACUGGGAUGCCCCCCGCCAGCGUCAUGUACUCGCUCACCCCUGGCUGGUGACAGCCGCUCUCACCCCACGGUGUUGGCUUCCCUGGGGAGUAAAGAGCC